GGGGUUGAAUCGGUGAGGAACUGGUUGGCAUUGGCGGUGGAUCUCGUCGGAUUAGGAGGGGAAAUUGUAAUUGUUGUAAGAUGCAGCGGGGGAGAUCGUGAUGUGCAGGGUAGAGAGGAAGAAGUGGUCAUUGAAGAGCUCUAUGGUGAUGGGAUUGAAAGCAUUGGGAGAGAGCAAAGUGGAGAAGCUCAAGAGUUCAAUGGUGUCGCCGAGAUCGAAGAUGAAGCUAUGGAUGAUCCGUGCAAUGACUUCUAUAUUGAUUUGGACGUGCAUCGUGCAGUUGACCGCGCUGGGGGAGACGUGGGGGCCGAGGGUUUUGAAGGGUUGGCCAUCUUGUUUCUCUCAGGAAUCUGCAUCAGUGGAUGCGUUUGGUAUCAUCCCUAAUAAGCCUCUUCCACUUCCCCCCAAAAUAGUUCUUCCCCCCAAGAGGGUGUAUAAGAACAAUGGUUACCUGAUGGUCUCCUGCAAUGGAGGGCUCAAUCAAAUGAGAGCUGCAAUUUGUGACAUGGUAACAAUUGCAAGAUAUUUGAAUGUGACCCUUAUCGUACCUGAGCUAGAUAAAACCUCCUUUUGGGCUGACCCCAGUGAAUUCCAGGACAUAUUUGAUGUACAACACUUUAUUACAUCACUCAGAGAUGAAGUCCGCAUACUGAAGGAGUUACCUCCCAGGCUCAAGAAGAGAGUGGAACAGGGAAGGAUUUAUUCCAUGCCACCAAUUAGUUGGUCUGAUAUAUCUUACUAUCAUAAUCAGGUUCUUCCUCUUAUUCAAAAGUACAAGGUUGUGCAUCUAAAUAGAACCGAUGCUCGACUCGCCAACAAUGGUCAACCUAUGGAGAUUCAAAAACUGCGGUGCCGGGUAAACUUCAGCACGUUGAGGUUCACUUCCCAGAUUGAGGAAUUGGGAAGAAAAGUUAUAAAGCUGCUAAGACAGAAUGGGCCUUUUCUAGUUCUACAUCUCAGAUAUGAAAUGGAUAUGUUGGCAUUUUCUGGUUGCACCCAAGGCUGCAAUGAUGAAGAGGUUGAAGAGUUGACAAGAAUGAGAUAUGCUUAUCCCUGGUGGAAAGAAAAGAUUAUAAACUCUGAGUUGAAAAGGAAAGAUGGGUUAUGUCCAUUAACACCUGAAGAAACUGCACUGACACUGAGAGCACUGGAUAUUGAUCCAAAUAUCCAGAUUUAUAUUGCUGCUGGAGAAAUAUAUGGUGGGAACAGGAGAAUGGCUGCUCUUGCUAAGGCUUUUCCAAAAGUGGUUAGAAAGGAGACAUUGUUGGAACCUUCAGAGCUUGGGUUCUUCCAGAAUCAUUCAUCUCAGAUGGCAGCUUUGGAUUAUCUAGUUUCGUUGGAAAGUGAUAUAUUCGUUCCUACAUUCGACGGAAACAUGGCGAAAGUUGUCGAAGGUCAUCGCAGAUUUCUGGGGUUUAAGAAGACAAUCUUAUUGGACAGAAGGCUGCUUGUAGAUCUGAUAGAUCAAUACAACAGAAAACAGCUGAAGUGGGGUGAAUUCUCAUCUGCAGUGAAAGAAGCUCAUGCAGGUCGGUGGGGGGGCCCUACAAAGAGAAUGGUGAUUCCAGAGAGGCCUAAAGAAGAAGAUUAUUUCUAUUCUAACCCAGAAGAGUGUCUGCAGUUGACAGAGGAGGAAGGAUUGAGUAGCAGAAGUGCAUGAUUGACAUAAAUAUAUCUCUAGAUUUUAUUACGGAAGAGAUAUUUAAAUAGAGUUUCCCCGCAUGCAUUCUGGGAACACUAUGAGAGGUCAAUUUCAAAAGAAUCCAACAGAAUCUGUGGAGGACAUGUUUUAAUGUUAUGCCAUAAUAUGCAAUACCUGUAUAGAACAACAAGAACAAGAACAAGAAGAACAAGAAGAACAAGAAGAACAAGAACAAGAACAAGAGCAAUAAGAGAGCAGUUGAAGUUAGAAGAUCCUACACAGAAGAAGAAGGCACAAUUGAUCAGCCAUCUCCAAUUUUUUUUGUUUUUGUUUUUGUUUUUGUUUUUGUUUCUUUCUGAUCAGCCAUCAAUCAUGUGAUUUCGAUA